AUGACAGUACUCAACAACAUUGGACUCCCCAACAAAGGCACAAACCGUGAAAUUGGGCCUGCUAUUCUGGCGCGGAUUCUAGCCUUUGAAAGGAAAAUCUGUGGAAGCCGAAAGGUUUUACGGAGUUUAAAGAAGAAGGAGAUGGGUAAAGGAAAAACUGCUUUUAGGAACCCUCGUAAUCAGAGAUCUUUCAAAAUGUGCAUAUAUAACAUGGUAUCGAAAAAGAUUCAGAAGCCGAAGAAGCCUGACUCUUCGAAGCAAAAGCUGUCGUUUGCGACGACGUCGGUUGAUGUGAAGAAACUUGAUUGGUUCGAAAACUCUUUUCUUGUUCCAUCCCUUGCGAGUUUCGGUUUUUAUGAGCAUGAUGUGAAACAGAGAUGGAGCUUCCUGCCGGUUGAGACCAAGAAAAAGUUGGAAGAGAGAUUUGAGAUGUUGCAAGCCAAGGAGGAAUGUUAUUAUGUGUCGGAGAAGAUAAAGCUUUUGCAUGAGGUGGCCUCUCUGAUCUUUGAAGCAGAUUAG